AUGGCUGCUCAUCUCAUACCCGAGCAGCCCAUCCCGUCGCCUCCUGCAGCUUACCUUCGUUCUUCCCCCCCUUUUCCUUCGGACCAGAGCACGGCUCGAACAACGCCUUGUCGGCCCCAGAGCCUACAAAUCACUCGACCGAUGCCUGGAGAGUCUCCAGAUUCGCCCGUCAUCCAGCAUUCCCCUCGAUCACCUGUCAAAAUAGACAAUGGGAUGGAGCUACCACUGGCCUCAAGCGCCCGCAUUGAGAAUUCACAUGACGGUCGUCGAACGCCUCAGAUCGAGCUUCCCGAGUUCGCGGUCAUGUCCAUCGAAGACCCCGCGGAGCCGAAGCAGGCAUGGAACCCUUCAUUCCCGCCAAGACGGGACUCGAAUCAGACCCCGCACUAUAGGCCCCAACAUCCAUAUGGCCACACGCCCGCCAGUAGCGGCUCUUGGUCUGUCGUAGACAAUAAACUCAAAAACGAGACCAAUACCAAUUCCAAGAAGAGCGCGUCGUCGCUGGAGCGUGAGAGGGAAAGCCACAAUAGCUCUUCCCGCGGCAGCUUGGAAAGCGUCGCCCAGACCUCGGACAGCUAUGAACCUCUUCCGUAUCAUCACCAGCAGCUUGAAAACCAACAGGCCGCGCGGGCAUCCAGAAUUGCCGUGAGCCCGGCCGACAAUCCAUCUGCCUCAACGGGAAAUCUGGCUGUGAGAAAACCUCGCCUUUCUCGGCCCUUAUCACAGUACUCUUCCGGUGGCUCUGAUGUAGGCGGCGGUAAUCAUCGACGCAAUCUGUCAGCCUCGCCAUACUUGCAUGCGCGUUCUCCUUCACGAAACUCUACAUCUCCCGAUCCUCGUCCUCUGUCUGUUCUUAAUCUUCUAAACACAUCUUACCCUCAGCCAGGUCCUGUGGUCACUUCAUUCGACAACUCACGCCUCCAGUCGUCUGUUGGUAAUAGCGCAUCAUUGCUGAGCCACAAGCAGACAUUCGAGAUGUAUCUGGCGAAUGUCAAGAAAACAGAUGAACCAGCUGUGCAGUACGAAUUUGCAGUCUUCAUGAUCAACUCGAUGCGCGAGAUGCCAAAUGUCGACCUGGAAGACUCCAGCUCAAUCACUCGCCAAAGACUCUCGCGCGAAGCCAAGUCCAUUCUCCAGCGCCUCUCCGACCGCAGCUACCCAUUCGCGCAGUACUAUCUCGCAGACGGCUAUGCAUCAGGUUUAUUCAGCAAGGGCAAAGAAGACUACGAUCGUGCAUUCCCGCUCUUUUUAGCCGCUAGCAAACACGGUCAUGUCGAAGCUUGCUACCGCACUGCAUUGUGCUACGAGUUCGGGUGGGGCUGCCGAAGGGACGGCGGGCGCGCUGUUCAAUUCUACCGUCAAGCCGCGUCUAAGAAUCAUCCGGGUGCAAUGCUCCGCAUGGCUAAGGCGUGUUUAGCAGGCGAUAUGGGUUUAGGAAAGAGAUACCGUGAAGGUAUAAAGUGGAUGAAGCGGGCAGCGGAGUCGUCUGACGCUCAGUACAACUCCGCGCCGUAUGAACUUGGCGUAAUGCAUGAAGCAGGCUUUGGCGACGACGUGUUCCCUGACCCAUCCUACGCCGCGCAGCUGUUCACGAAAUCAGCCGAACUGGGUCAUGACGAGGCAAAUUACCGAAUGGGCGAUGCCUAUGAGCAUGGGAAACUCAACUGUCCCCGCGAUCCUGCUCUAAGCAUCCACUUCUACACCAGUGCCGCGCAAAACGGCCAUCCAUUGGCAAUGAUGGCCCUUUGUGCCUGGUACCUCGUUGGGGCGGAGCCAGUUCUCGAGAAAGACGAGAAUGAAGCCUACGAAUGGGCCGUACGCGCUGCUGCCACAGGUCUCGCAAAAGCCCAAUAUGCAGUCGGCUACUUCACGGAAAUGGGCAUCGGCUGCCGACGUGAUGCCCUCGAAGCAAACGUCUGGUACGUCAAAGCCGCCGAUCAAGACGACGAACGCGCCAAGCACCGCAUCGCCACUAUCCGAGCUGCAGCGGACGGCGCAAGUUCAACCGUCCCAACCAAAAGUAGCGGCCGCCUCAGGAGAUCGGAACCCAAGGACCAAGAACCCGAAAAGCCUAAGCAAAAGCGCUUCGUCAUAUUUUGA